UAUUUGUGUUUCUUUCUUAUCGCGCUCGUGCUAUUCAUUCUAAAGAAACCAAGCUUUCGCACGCUCGCUAAAAUUCCCAAGCUCCGCUCUCUUUCGAUUCUGCCGCACAGCCAUGGUCUACGUAGCUUCGUGGGAUGAAUUCGUCGAGCGUUCUGUGCAAUUGUUCCGUUCCGAUCCCAACUCCACGAGGUAUAAUAUGAAGUAUCGACACUGCGAUGGGAAACUAGUUCUUAAGGUCACCGAUAACCGUGAGUGUCUUAAGUUCAAGACUGACCAGGCACAGGAUGCCAAGAAGAUGGAAAAACUCAACAACAUAUUCUUCACACUGAUGGCCCGGGGCCCUGAUGUGGAUAUAUCAGAAGUGACGGGCAAAGACCAGGUUGAUGCACAGCCAACCAAGAAAGGAAGGGGGAGGAAGCAAUAACUUCACAUUGACUACUCCACGGAUAGGUUUCUCGUACUUCUCUAAACCCAUUGGUGAAUUAUACUCUUUAUUUACUAAUUAUUUAGUUGAUCUUCUCGCCUUGCUUUUCUCAGAAUAGAUAGUUUAAAGUCCUGGAGUAAAUUUACCAAAUGCCGUCCCAUUUUUCUUAAAAAAUUUUGGUGUGCAGUUCGACUGUAAUACAUGGUUUUUGUUUUAUAUCGAUAAACAUUUUCUCAAGUUCCACCUCAGUAUACUGAUUUGCUCCCAGGUCUGUUAACAGCUUGUUCCAAUACUUAAUGUUAGUUCAAAGUAAUUUAAGAAAUUAGCCGUUAUGAGUUGACCUAA